AUCAGACCCGUCCUUAAGAACAAGAGAGGAUACUUUGGUUGUGUAAUGUGAAGAUUUUCUGGACUUGGUCAUUGUGGAUGUACACUAGCCAUGUCAUGGGCUGGAUCAGGAACCCCUAUACAAAGUAAUGUUCCAGAUUAUCAGAAGAUGCUACAGAGUAAUCUUCUAUCAUCAGGCUGGAGUAGCAGAGGAGGAUCAGAGAGAUAUAACAGUUACUCCCACCCCAAGAGUCCGCUGUCCCCCACCCCUCAGGACACCCUCACAAAUGGACUCAGUUAUUCCGACUCGGUCCAUCGACCUCAUUACCAGUCAUACAGACCAUCUAAGUAUGGAAUAACUGAUUCAACAUAUCUAGAGAAAGACUUUAAGGAAUUGUCUGCGGAGGAUACUUACAGUUAUCCAAAGUAUGACAGUACGGUCAGUAAAGAUACGUUAGAGAGACCGAGAUAUGACAUCAAAGACACACUUGAACGACCUCAUAAGUAUGACUCGUCUAGUGAACUGUACCAAAGGAAGUACUCCAGUUAUACUGUGUCACAUGGAGAGGAUAUUGAUGGUCCAAUCAAUGACAAUAAUUGGGCCUCGCCCCCAAAAUCAGCCCCCUCAGAUAUUCCAAGUUCAGUAUACACAGCACCAGUGAAGUCUCGAUCUUCCGUGACAGAUGGAGCUGAUUAUGUGAGGGACAGUAGGAAAUCCUCAACUCUAUAUGAGGAUAAGUAUUACUCUGAUAACGAUGCUGUGACUCGUAGUUCUAAAUCUCGCUCGAGAUAUGGCGGAGAUUUGAAGUACAUGACAGGUGAUUUGAGGCAGUGGCAGAGAGGACAUAUGGACACGUAUAGAGAAACUUCCCCCAGCACCCAGCAAACAUCCUUAGACUCUUCUUACUGGACAAACACCAGAGGCUUCACAUACAGUGGAAACUCUAAAGGUGAAACCAAUGGAGGUUUUGACUCUCUGUUUAAAAAUAUUGACGAUAAUCCCAGAAAGUGGGCAUCAGUUAGUAAAGCAGCUGAUGAUAUUAUCAAGGAAAAGGACACCUUGGUUGAAAAGUUAAAGAUGCAGGUGAUGAGGUUGGAGGAAGACAACAAACAGUAUGAAGGAAAACUCAAGAGAGCAGUACUGAAUGGAGAGGGGGGAGAAGGGGAGGCUUACAAACAAAUACAGGAACUUGAACUCAAGAAUGCACAACUAAAAGCAGAGAAUGCAGAAAUUAGAACUAAGAAGAAUGCUGAGUUGGAUGAGUUGGAAAUGAAGUUAGGAGCCACAGAACAGGAAGUAGACCAGCUGAGAGCAAUACUCAGAAAACGAGGGUCAGGUCCAGAGUACUCAAACUCACAGUUUUAUGAGCUGGACAGAGAGAAAGAGGACUGGAAGAGGAAAUACCUUGAGAUGUUUGAUAAUCACAGUCAGAUGAAGGAAAAACUGGACGAACUACAAAGUUAUCUGUCUGACCUUCCUACAGUAGAGGAAAGCAUGAAAAAUGUCCAAGAACUUCAGAGCUUAAGGGAGAAGAUCCAGUUCCAGGAGGGACGAAUUGAAGAGCUUCAGCAGAGGUUGUACGAGGGCAAAAAAGCCCUGACUUCCCGUGAGGUCCAGAUUCAGGAGCUAGAGCAAAAGGAAAAAAGAUUAGCAGGGCAGGUAGCUGUUGUUACAGGGGAGAUAGACAGGAUAAAAUCUGAGGGGGAGGGGGCAGAACUUCACAAGUGUGAGGAACAGCUCCAGAGGGUCAAACAUGAGAACGAACGUCUGGCCAUAGAUCUGGACAAGGCUAAAAAGCUGUUGGAGAUGAGUCAUCGUAAAUUGAGACAUUCGGAGGUGAAGCAUCAGAACGAGGUUAAACAGCUACAGGAGAGGCUGACACACGAGGAGGAGUCUGUGGAGGCCCUGAGGGGGGACUGUAGAAUGAAAGAGGAGAACAUCAAAAAACUUAAACGAUCAAUGAAAGAGCUGAGCAGUAAAAAUCAAGACUUGAUGGAACAGAUCCUGAUCAUAAGGGAGCAGCUUAAAACUUUAGAGGAGCAGGUAGCGGACGAGAAUCAGAAAAUCCAACGUCAAUUUACACAGGAGCUUAGCAUGUGUUACCAUGAGCUACAGUCACUGGUCCAAGUAUGUGUCCAGCGAGCGGAGGGAAACGAUCCAAAUAUGUCACUACUGUUGGGGGUCAGAGCUCCCUCUGAAUUGGAGACGGGACAAGAAAACAAAGAGCAGGAGGCUCACACACUGAAGCAAUGGCUGGGGAAGGUGAAGGAGCUGAGGGCAGAGAUUGAGGGAUUGAGGGGCCUUAUCUGUAACAAGUAUGCUGAGGACCUAGGGGACAACAUGAACUGUGUUACCCAGUGAGAGAGAGAGAGUGAGGAAUUGAAGGACCUUAUAUGUAAGAAGUACGCUGAGAACCAAGGGGACAACAUGAACUGUGUCACCAAGUGAGAAGGAAUUCCAAUUCUGCCGUGGCCUAUUGGUGUUUCCAAUCAAGUCAUGUGCUAGUGGUCUUUUAAUUUAAAUUGACCAGCCUCUAGUGUAUCAAAAGCUUUAUGAUGAUAAGCUGCCAUGGAGAUUUUUGCUGGAAGUCAACAAAAUUUGGGUGUGGGUUUUGUCCUCAAACGUUGAAAUCGGAAUGACUAGAGUACAUUGAUAAAGUUUUAAAGACGCUUAAAUACCGGUAUCCAAGACCUUGAUAUUAAUUACUGUUAGCAAAAGCAGCUUAAGGUCAAUAUGUUUGGGGUCAAAGCACAGGGGAAAUAUUAUUUCAAGGUUAUUGCCUUGUUUUGUGAUGGUGGAAAAUUUGACUCAAAUACAUGUGCUAGUCCAUAAUCCCAACUGUCUCGUGUUUUAUGAACUUUUAUGUUGUAAUAGUAGCUUUGUUCACAAUGCCAAAACCUACUUUAUGAUCAUACAAAGGGUAAUAUUAUUACACAAUGCAUUCCAUAUAUCGUGUCAUGUUUUAUUUGUAUAGUGUAAUAUGUCUUUAUGGUGAAAUCAGAGAAAUCCAUUGACAAGAAAGCAUUUGUUGCAAAGUAUUUGUUGCAUAUUUCAUGAAUUUGAACAAUCGUUUAGUACACAAGUUAGAAAGCCUGUUUUCAAAUUUUUUUAAAUUGUGUGUUUAAAAUUAAUAAUCCAGUGAAUUUUUCAUGCAUUAUUAUACACAUAUGUAUAUUUUUGUGUUUGGUUGGGUUUUCAUUUUAAAAUAUGUCCUCUUUCUCAAGCUUUGCCAAAUACUAUGUGAGAUAUGUAUCAUAUGGAGACAUAAAAUACCUGUACCUUUAAUGUUUGUUUUGAAGGUGUCACAGUAAUGAUUCAUUAUGUAUGGUAAAUAUGUACAGUUUUUGAGACAAUUUAUGUAAAUUAUUUGUUGCCAAAUCUUCACUGGUUGACAAGUGCCAUAGUAUGAUGUUGUAAAUAUGGUUGAUGUGGAUGCAUGAUCAUUCUGAGCUAGUAAUACAUGUUGAAUAUUAUGCAAUGAAGAGCAGAAUGUGUACAUUGUAAAUAACUAAUAUUCAUGGCCUUUCCUCAUGUUUUAGGUAAGAAGUAUGCAUUUAUAAGAUAAAUGUAUCUCGUGAAACAGUUUAGUUUCUUGUAGAUAGUACAAAACAUUAGAAUGAAAAUCUAAAAGUCAGGAGUUUUUAGUUGUUGGACUAAGUUGUCUUAUAUUUAGUGAUUUCAUGCUGAAAAUUUUAA